AUGAUUCCAGUCGGCGAGGCCUUGCUUAGCACGUCGCUGGGCUACUACAUAUCCACGCCGGACAUCGAACUCGCGUCCGAGAUUGUCUGUUGGUUUGCCCUCGCUGCGGCUAUCCAACUGUCGAGGCGCCGAGGAAGCAAUGGAGCGAUAAGCAGUGACAUCCGCCAGAUAGCUUCCAGCGCCGUUGCCUCGACGAGGGCGUGGCUGUUCGCCUUGGGUAUCGCGGCUGCGUGCUGGUAUCGCGCGGAAGAACGGACUGUUGUCCUUUAUCCGGUACUGACGCCUCUCCUCGUCUUCGGCAUACGACCAACGCCUCCUAUCGUAACCGACUCACGGAUAGUCUGGGCCCCGUUGACAACGAAAUGGAACUCCGUCCUCAUCGCCACAUUUUCCUGCUUCGCCCUGGUGACUUCCAACGAGCCUAGUCUCCCAGCGCUUGCCGUCUGCGUCGUCGUAAUCGCUCUAUUGUACGGAGGCUACCUCGCAGCUUCAAGGUCUGCAGCACUGGCAGCGGACGUCGAUCCGGAGAGCGCAGACGAUAAGCAGCCGACAGGCGAUACGGCUGUGGGCUUCAAUUCUGGCGAUGAGGCUCUUCUUCUGCCGCUGGCACUUUGCAUUCUGCCGCUCUUGGUGAUCAUCGCGUGCGUGAGGUCGUCAGUCCUACACAGGCCGAGCGGGACUCUCGUCAGGGCGGUUGUCGUCGGGGCCGUCAAGGCACUGAGCUGGUUCUCUACUUUCAGGGCGGCUCGAUCUUCGUCAUGGUGCGUCGCCGGCACGAUAGGCACCUUUGCCAUCACCUCCACCCGCAACACCCUGUUCGCAGGUCAGCUUUCCUACCUAUAUGCCGCAUCUCACAUCGUCGCCGCCCUAUUCUCUCUCGGUCAGACGAUCCGCCUGAGCCCAAAAGGCGCCAAUCCAAGAUCGAAUCUAUGGACUCUCGCUGUCGUUCCCUUGCUCUUUCUGCUGGCCAAUAUAUACAGCAUGGACACGAUCCUCCAGCUCCGAGAGAUGUACCCAAUUGAAGCGCUCGCCCGGGCCGCCGAGACUCGCUUCGAUGCUCUCGUAGCGCGACAAUCGCGCACCUACGUCGCCGCCGAAUCGGAGUACCGCCGACGAUAUGGCAUCGAGCCGCCACCUGGCUUCGAAGGCUGGUACAAUUUUUCGAGAGCCUACGAGUCGCCCAUCAUCGACGACUUCGACAUGAUUCACGAAGCCGUUGCGCCCUUCUUGAGGAUGACGGGACCCAAGGUCAGGGAGGUGAUGGCAAAGGCCAACGGCAUUGAUGGCGUCGACUUGUGGAAGUGCGAGCUGAAGGGCAAGAUAAAGGAAGUGAACUGCAACCACCCCUUUCGGAACGACGCCUACAUCAAGGAUGCCUUUGAGAGGUGGCUUAAGGGCCCGACGGCCGAACUCCCGGAUCUGGAGUUUUUCGCCAAUUACCUUGAUGAGCCGCGCGUGAUGCUGCACGGCGCAGGCUCUGCAAAAGAUGACGAAGUCGAGGUGAGCAACAUUGGCAGGCGGCCGAUCUUUGACAAGAUCACGGGAAGCUGCCCUAAAUCGCCAAAGCUUACCCGCGCUCUCCCUGGCCUGGCAGGCUUCGAGGGCUUCCCACACGGACUGCCGUUUGUGACGGAUACGCGCGUGGAUAAGGACCUCUGCCGACACCCCGAGUAUCGAGACAUGCAUGGGCUGGUGAUAAGUCCCACGUCGUUCAUCUUGAUUGAGGGGGCAGUGCCGGUACUGACACCGGGAACGUUAUCGACGAUGGGAGACGUGCUAUUCCCGAGCCCGUCGUAUAUGGGCGAUGGGUUCACUUACCACGACAGCGAUGACGUGGAUUGGGACAAGAAGAAGGACAACCUCUACUGGGCCGGGUCUACAACGGGAGGAUACGGGCACAACGACGACUGGAAGAAAUUCCACCGACAAAGAUUCGUCGCACUCGCGCGAGGCCUAGAUCACGGAAAGAAGUACUGGUACCUCCGCAAGCGGGACGGCAUCUUCCGACGCUUCGCCUCGCCCAUUCUCCGCAAGGACCUCUUCGACGUGGUCUUCUCCAGCGCCAUCCAAUGCGACGACGACAUCUGCAAGGCCCAGGAGAAGUACUUCGACAUGCACGGCCGGGCGGACCAAAACGCUCCCUUCGGGUCGAAGCUCGUGUUCGACCUCGACGGCAACGGCAUCAGCGGGCGCUUCAACAAGCUGCUCGCGUCGCGCUCCGCGGUGCUCAAGCAGACGCUGCUGCGCGAGUGGCACGACGAGCGGCUCGUGCCCUGGGUGCACUUCUUCCCCGUGAGCCAGGGAUUGGGCGAGCUGCCGGAGAUGGUGGCGUGGCUGACGGGCACGGAGGAGGGGAGGCGGAGGGCGAAGAGGGUGGCGGAUCAGGGGAGGGAGUGGGCGGCCAAGACGAUGAGGGAGGAGGAUAGAGUUAUAUACGUGUACAGAUUGCUGUUGGAGUUGGCGAGGAUGCAGGACCCGGGACGGGAGGCCAUGUAA